AUGCCGCGCCAACCCAAACACCCAACCAACCUGACCAUCAUCUUCAACUGCCGCGAGACCUAUACAUGGUGCGCAGUCUACGACCGCCUACCACGCGCAAUAAACCCGCCCCUUCAUCUCGCAGAGUCGAACCCAAUCCGCCCCCUUCGCAGUCUGGACGGACUCACAGUAAAAGCGAAGCUCAGGAGCCUGAGACGCGCCGUCUUUGACUUUGGUGCUUCGCUCCAGCCCCUCGGCCGCGAAUGGACCACCGCCCCCACUAUGAAAUGGGAGGUCCAUAUUGGCCGGAAACUGAAAUACAGCGCUGAGCGAGAGCCGUUUGAGACAGCGCUGCGUCGCACUGGUUGCGAAGACGUGGUCCAUCUGGUUGCGCAGUGGUUUGAUGAAGACCGGGCUACCUUGGCCUGGGCUGCUGCUAGCUUUAGAGAGAUACCUUCUGGUUCUUUUGGGUCGGCCGACCAGCUCAUCACGGUGAGAAGGCUCGCCAAAUGGACUGACCUAAGCUCCUACGCUGAAAUAACCAACGCGGACGGAAUAUUCACAGCGACCGAUUUCGUCUCUCGCUCAAUGGCCAAAGCCCAGAUCCAACAGUGGGUGCUUGAGAAGCUGCUGCAUGUGCGAGAUCUCCGGGAUGGCCCCCGCCCCCGGCCGGUAACCUCUCACUCUGGCAAUGCUUCACAACUAAAUCGGCUGCUUGCAACGCCGCGCAAGUGGUUUGGUCUUGGUUCUGACACGGGGCCACUGAAUGCUGCCCAAGGGGCUGGAGCGCCACGAAGUACAUCCCCAACCAAGACCGAGCAGAUGCUUGCAACCUUAUCGGAGGGCCCUGAUACGGCGGCAGUUGUUGUCCUCGCAGGGUCACGAGGGGAAGAGUACUUCGGACACGCCCAAGCGGCCUUGGAGAGUCUCCCAAUGGUCCGGGUGCUAGUGCUCAAGUGGAUAGGUGGUUAA